AUGGAUUAUGUCGUAGGCAGCGUUGCAGCAUUGAUAUCGGGUAACGUGACGCCAAACAGGCCUAGAAAAUUUAAAAAGGCGCUCACACCUACAAAACACCAGCCUUCUCCUAACGUUACUCCGAAAAGUGAAUUUGUCGAGGAUAGAUCUAUAUUUCUUUCUCCGACCAUGCAAAAAAAGAAAGCGAUUGUUAAGAAAUCUCCCAAAAGAAUAUUUCAGAACCCAGAUUUAGAUGUUACCAACGAAGAUGAAGUAAAUUCGAGCGUGAGUAGCCCAAAGGCUAUAAAAGUAAAGAAACAUCUUAAGGACGAAUUAGACGGAACUGCUGUUAAAACAGAUGAGAUUUUGCUAAGCCCUAAAUCACCUAAAAAGACGAAUGAUAAUGUUAAUGAUUUAGCGAAAAAAGAGAAAAAGUUACAAACAAGUGAAGACAAUGAACCAGAAGUAAACAAAAGUAUAUCUAAAAAGAAGAAAAAACAACGUACUUCUGUAAGUGAAAAUGAGAACUUGUCUAUAGAUGAAAACAACUUAAAAGAAAAAGAUAAUGAAAAAGAAAAUGCAGCUACAAAUGUUGCUUCUGAAACUACAACAUCUAAGAAGAAAAGGAAAAAGUCAAAAUCAGUAGUACAUACAGAAGUUGAACAAGAAGCAAAUGAUGAUGAGCCUUUAGAAUCAAACGAAUCCACAAAAUCUAAUAAUAUCCAAGAUCAUGUCAAAACAAAAAAUAAAAAUAAAAAAAAUAAAGUGCAGCCAAAUGUGCCUACCAAAUCAGAGGACACUUCUGUAUCAAUUGAGACAAAUGUUCAAAGUCCGAAAAAGAAAAAUAAAAAGAAGAAAAAGUCACAAGCUAAUGUUGAAACAAAUGAAGUUAUGGAGAUCAACCCUAAUGCUGUGACCAACGAAGAUACUGACUCAGAACAUGAAUCUGAUGAUGAAAUGGAGUCAGAAAGUGAAGAGAUUAAUAAAAAAGCUCUAGACCCUGGUCCAGCAGAGGAAAGCUCAGAUGAAGAAGAACAGAAACCUAAAAAUGAGGCUCCUAAAAAGGAAGAAACUCUAAUAACAGAAGAUGAAGUGAAAAGAACAAUUUUUGUGGGCAAUGUACCUUUUAGCACUAAAUGUAAGAAGGAAAUCAAAAAGAUAUUCAGUCAGUAUGGACAGAUAGAAACAGUCAGGAUCCGCACAGUACCAGUUAAAGAUGCAACAGUAACUCCAAAAGUGGCUGUAAUAAAAAAUGAACUACAUCCUGACAGAAGUACAGUCAAUGUGUAUGUCAAAUUUGCUGAUGCAGGUUCAGUAGAAAAGGCCCUUUGUGAAAACAACACGGUUUUACGUGACCACCACCUGCGCGUGUCCCGCAGUGACUCCAGGGGGACCGAACACGACCCCAAGUGUUCAGUCUUUGUAGGCAAUAUACCAUUUGCAAUAGAAGAUGAAACUUUGAGGGCGAAGUUUGAAAAAUGUGGCGAGAUUGAGUCAGUCCGUAUAAUAAGAGAUAAGAAGACCAAUGCUGGAAAAGGUUUUGGAUAUAUUAACUUUGCUUCAAAAGAUGGAGUGGAACUUGCUUUAGCAUUGACAGAAGAAGAUCUGACCAUCAAAAAUAGGAUAUUACGAGUCAAAAGAUGCACACAAAUGACACAAAAGAAAGUAAUUAAACCAAACAAUAGACAAGGCUAUCAAAAUCAAGGACAGAAUAGGCAAAUUCAUCAAAAUCAAGGACCGAAUAGGCAAGGCUACCAAAAUCAAGGACAGAAUAGGCAAGGCUACCAAAAUCAAGGACAGAAUAGGCAAGGCUACCAAAAUCAAGGACAGAAUCAAAAGUUCCAAAAGACAAGCUAUGGCAGACAAGACGUAAAUAAUUUCAACAAAGGAAGAUUUAAUAAUAGUGAUGACAAAAAUGAAGGAGCCUAUAGAAGGGUUAUGAAUAAAAGAAAAAACCAGAAUGGUGGGGAAGGGCCUCCGAAUAAACGUCAGAAUUUGAACCAACCACAUAAGGAGAAGAAAGUCCGGAAGGAGUUUGUUGGUAUGACGGCAGAAAAGAAAAAGAAACAUAAAUUUGACAAAGGACAGAAGAAAAAGAAGGUCCUAAGUGAAAUUUUAACGAAAAAA